ACAUCCUUUCUCUCUCAAGGUACAGAACCAUUCCAUCCUAUUUCUUUGUUGUUUUUCGUUUUUAAAGUAUUAGUGAAAGAAGAAGCAAUAUGAGCAUUGUUUGUUUUAUAGAUUGUAAUUCAUGACGUUACCUUCAAGUGACGCUUUUAUUCAUCAUUUUGAAUGUUCACGUUUUCGACUCUAAGUGACGCUGUUGAUCAAGGAUUUAAUUUCUCUGCCGGGAGCCUCCCUGUUGUGUCGUGUGUGCUGCAUCGUAACACCACAUACUGUAGAAGCUGGCUUAGGGGAACCAACACACGUAUGAAAAAGCAAAAGGGAUUUUCCGCUAUAUUUUUUUUCUUCAUACUGUUGGAUUAAACGAUGGCACCUUUUUAAAUUCAUAUUUCCGGAUUUGGACUCUUGAUUUUCCUCCGUUGCUUUUCGACAUGGCAUCUCAUCUGCUGUUCUGCAAAGGGCGUUUGUCUUUCAUUUCCCAGCGGGUAAUCGUUAUAUUGUUGCUUUGCUUUUUCAACAUCGCAACUGCUCAGAUCCGCUACUCUAUACCGGAGGAGAUGAAGAAAGGCUCUCUAAUCGGUAAUUUAGCACAGGAUCUUGGUUUGGAUUUAAAGAGGCUCCGUUCCGGCCGAGCCCGUAUUGUGACGGGAGACAACGUCCAGUACACCGAGCUGAGGACAGACAAAGGGACCCUUGUCGUGAAUGAGAGGAUAGAUCGAGAGCAGCUUUGUGGAGACGUAACACCGUGUAGUUUCAGCUUUGAAAUAAUACUAGAGAAUCCAAUGGAGCUGCACCAUGUGACGAUCGAAGUGUUGGACGUCAAUGAUCACACCCCAAUAUUUAAAAAGAAAGAAAUUAUGCUAGACAUUAGUGAGUCCGCAAACCUCGGAGCGAAAUUUGUGCUGGACAGCGCCGAGGACCCAGAUGUUGGUGUGAACGGUUUGCAAAAUUAUGCUUUAAGCUCAAACGACAAUUUCGUUUUGAAGCAGCAUGUAAAUCCAGAUGGGAGUAAGUACGCAGAGAUGGUGCUUCAAAGGCAGCUAGACAGAGAGAGCGCCCCGCAGCUAUCGCUAAAGCUCAUAGCAGUAGAUGGUGGGAAUCCGCCGAGAUCUGGUACCGUAAACAUAGAAAUAACAGUGUUAGAUGUAAAUGACAACGCUCCUGUUUUCAACCAGACUGUUUAUAAGGCCACAGUCAUAGAAAACGCUAUUAAAGGCACCAACAUUGUUACUGUCAAUGCUACAGACGCAGACAGUGGGUCGAACGGUUACAUCACAUAUUCAAUUUCAAACGUAAAGAGCAAUGUGGCUGAUUUGUUGUCCAUAGAUCAAGAGACUGGAGUGUUAUCUGUUUCCGGUCCAAUAGACUUUGAAAAAGAUAAAAAAUACGAGCUCAGGAUCGAUGCAAAGGAUCAGGGAGGUUUAACAGAUUCAAGUAAAGUGGUAAUUGAAGUAAUCGAUGUAAAUGAUAACGCACCGGCUAUAAGCGUCAUGUCUUUCACCAGUCCGGUUUCAGAGGACUCUCCUCCGGGCACAACUGUUGGGAUUAUAAAUGUUAAAGACCUUGAUUCCGGCGAUAACGGACAAGUGACGUGUAAAAUCGACAGCAAUGCCCCGUUUAAGAUAAAGUCUAAUUUAAGAAAUUACUAUACGUUGGUAACAGAUAAUAUGUUAGAUCGAGAAAGUGUUUCAGACUAUAACAUCACUGUUGUUGCGACAGACGCGGGGAUUCCACCACUUUCAACAAAAAGAACAUUUAACCUAAAGAUUUCUGAUGUGAAUGAUAACGCUCCAGUUUUUUCACAAACACUUUACAGUGCGAAUAUUGUAGAAAAUAACUCUCCAGGCGUUUCUCUCCUCGUUGUUCGUGCAAAAGAUCCCGAUGAGAACCAAAACGCCCGAAUAUCUUACAUUCUGGAGGAUUCCGAUUUUGACGGGUCUCCUGUUUCUCGCUGUGUGUCAGUUAAUGCGGAAAGCGGAGCGAUACACGCACUGCGUUCAUUUGAUUUCGAGCAAAUUAAACAGCUGAUAUUUACCGUCAAAGCUCAGGAUGGAGGUUCUCCUCCACUCAGCAGUAACGUGACGGUGAAAAUCCUGAUCCAGGACCAGAACGACAACCCUCCUCAGGUUCUGUACCCAGUCCAGACUGGGGGCUCUAUGGUGGCUGAGAUGGUGCCUCGUUCAGCAGAUGUGGGCUAUCUGGUGACUAAAGUGGUGGCUGUGGAUGUGGACUCUGGACAGAACGCCUGGCUCUCCUAUAAACUGCAGAAAGCCACAGACAGGGCGCUGUUUGAAGUGGGCUUACAGAAUGGAGAAAUCAGAACCAUCCGCCAAGUGACUGAUAAAGACGCAGUCAAGCAGAGGCUGAGUGUUAUAGUGGAGGACAACGGGCAGCCCUCUCGUUCAGCUACAGUCAUUGUUAACGUGGCGGUGGCGGACAGCUUCCCUGAAGUGCUGUCGGAGUUCACGGACUUUACACACGACAAGGAGUACAAUGACAACCUGACUUUUUACUUAGUGCUGGCUCUGGCUGUGGUUUCCUUCCUGUUCAUCACGUGUUUAGUGGUCAUCAUAUCAGUCAAAGUGUACAGGUGGAGACAGUCUCGCAUCCUGUAUCACUCCAACCUGCCUGUGAUUCCAUAUUAUCCACCACGUUACUCAGACACUUUGGGGACAGGGACUCUCCAACACGUGUACAACUACGAGGUGUGCAGGACCACUGACUCCAGAAAGAGUGACUGUAAGUUCGGCAGAGCCGGUAGUCAGAACGUGCUGAUCAUGGAGCCCGGUUCAACGGGGACGAUGCAGAGGAUGCAGAGUGAAAAGAGCAUCCUGGACGAACCAGACUCUCCUCUUGAGGUUAGUUGACUUACAUCAUAUUAA